AUGGCUUACUGUUAUAUCAACAUUUCUUCUUCGUCUUCGCCCACUCACUGGGACCCACACUUAAGGCAGCCUCCUUCCACCCCACCAACUCUACAAACCCUUCACUUUCCUCCCAAAACCCAUUCGAAAAAAUCCAAUCUUUGCUUAUCAGCUCAGGUCUCCCUUCAAGAACCCGAAAUUUCUCAGACCAACCCAGAUGAGAAACCCCCUUCCAAAAGCUAUAUUUGGGUCAAUCCCAGAAGCCCCAGGGCAUCAAAGCUGAGGAAAAGGUCUUAUGAUUUCAGGUAUGCUUCUUUGGUAAAGGUUUCCCAGGAGUUGGAUUCUUGUAGCCCUGUAGAAUCUGAGGUUUUUAGGGUUUUGGCUACUGCGCUUGGAGAUGAAAUUGUUGAACAAGAUGCUGCUCUGGUGUUGAACAAUAUGUCUAAUUCAGAGGUGGCUUCGUUGGUUCUUAAGUAUUUUCAAGAUAAAGUUAAGUUUAGUGAUAAAGGGUUGAUCUUGUAUAAUGUUACUAUGAAGGUUUUUCGUAAGUGUAAGGAUUUUGUUAAAGCAGAGAAACUCUUUGAUGAAAUGAUUGAGAGAGGGGUAAAACCCGAUAAUGUCACUUUUUCUACCAUAAUUAGCUGUGCUCGGGUGAGCUCCAUUCCUGAGAAAGCAGUGGAGUGGUUUGAGAAAAUGCCAGCUUUCGGAUUGUCACCUGAUGAGGUUACGUAUGCCGUCAUGAUUGAUUCGUAUGGUAGGGUUGGAAAUGUGGAGAUGGCAUUGAGUUUGUAUGACCGUGCUAGGACAGAAAAAUGGAGAGUUGAUGCUGGUACAUUUUCGACGUUGGUUAGGAUUUAUGGGGCUGCUGGGAAUUAUGAUGGGUGUUUGAAUGUUUAUGAGGAGAUGAAGGCUCUGGGCGUAAAGCCUAAUUUGACUAUUUAUAAUUCAUUGUUGGAUGCAAUGGGGAGGGCCAAGAGGCCAUGGCAGGCAAAGAAUAUCUACAAAGAUAUGACUGGUAACGGGUUUGAGCCGAGUUGGGGUACUUAUGCUGCAUUGCUUAGGGCUUAUACUAGGGCUCGGUAUGGUGAAGAUGCGUUCAAUGUGUAUAGAGAGAUGAAGCAGAAGGGCUUGGAACUGACUGUUGUUCUAUAUAACAGUUUACUGUCAAUGUCUGCAGACGUGGGAUUCAUAGAUGAAGCCGUUGAAAUUUUCAAUGAUAUGAAAGCAUCCGAAACCUGCAAGCCUGAUAGCUGGACGUAUUCUUCGAUGAUUACUAUAUUUUCCUGCAGUGGCAAAGUUUCAGAAGCAGAAUCUGCAUUAAAUGAGAUGAUAGAGGCAGGGUUUGAGCCUAAUAUAUAUGUCCUCACUUCCCUCAUUCAGUGUUACGGCAAGGCAAACCGCAUUGAUGAUGUCGUUAGAACUUUUGACCGGCUUCUAGAGUUAGGUAUAACUCCUGACGAACGAUUCUGUUGUUGCCUCCUAAAUGUAAUGAGCCAAGCACCGAGUGAGGAACUUGGUAAAUUGACCAGUUGCAUCGAGAAGGCUAAUGGCAAACUCGGUAAUGUGGUGAAGCUCAUCGUGGAUGGGAAUAAUGCAGAUGGCAGCGUCCUCCGACAAGAAGCUAGUGAACUAUUUAAUGAGGUUGAUGGCAGCGUUAGAAAAGCAUAUUGCAAUUGUUUGAUUGAUCUUUGUGUCAAAAUUGAUCUGUUGGAAAAAGCUUGUGAGCUGCUAGACCUCGGGCUCUCACUUGAUAUUUAUACUGAUAUACAGUCAAGAACACCAACACAAUGGUCCUUAAAUUUAAAGUCUCUCUCACUUGGAGCUGCUCUGACUGCAUUACAUGUAUGGAUGAAUGACUUGUCUAAGGUUCUUGAAAAUGGGGAGGAACUACCUUCUUUGCUUGGUAUCAACACUGGCCAUGGGAAACAUAAAUAUUCGGAAAAAGGUUUGGCGGGUGUGUUGGAAUCUCAUCUGAAGGAGCUCAAUGCGCCGUUCCAUGAGGCACCUGAUAAGGUUGGAUGGUUUUUGACAACAAAGGUGGCAGCAACAUCAUGGUUGAAAUCAAGAGGGUCAACUGAGGUAGUUGUUACUUAG